ACCUACCCGUAGUUAUUAAGGACAGGACACAUUCCGAUAAUGUCUGAGAGAAUCGAAGUCGUUGUGAAGAACAGUACUAUGCAUGGGGAGGCUCCCCACUGGGACGACACCACACAGUGCCUGUACUACGUUGACAUGUUCGUUGAUGACGUCCACAGAUACAACGCAGUCACGGGAAAGGACAGCAAAAUAAACAUUGGAAACUCUGCUACGUUGAGCACCAUCAUCCCGCGCCAGAAGGGUGGCUUUGUGGUGAGCCAGAAGACAGACCUCGCCUUCUUGGACUCCUGGGACAGUGGCAAGGUCACCAGCAUUGCCAAGGUCGAGGCCGACACCAAUUUCCUGAAUGACGGCAAAGCUGAUGCUUCCGGAAGACUCUGGAUAGGGUCUGCUUUCAACACCAUCGGGAUCGACCCUGCCAACUGGCUAAAGGAACAGGGUUCUUUGUACAGUCUGGAGGUCGAUAUGAGCGUAAAAAAACGCCUCAGUAAGAUCACUAGCAGUAACGGCAUGGCUUGGACUGGCGACAACAGCGUCAUGUACUACAUCGACACCAUACCCAGGCAGGUGUGGGCCUUCGACUUUGACCUCACUGCUGGGAGUAUCAGCAACAAGAGAGGUGUAACUAAUUUCAGCAGAUUUCCGGAAAUCCCGGCCCAAGCAAUUCCGGACGGAAUGACCAUUGAUACUGACGGAAAACUGUGGGUGGCCAGCUACGAGGGCGGGGAAAUCCUACAAAUCGACCCACACACUGGAACCGUGAUCCGAGCUGUUAAGUUCCCGUGCGAAAAGAUCACGUCGUGUUGUUUCGGCGGGAAGGACUUCACCGACCUCUACGUCACAUCAUCGGCAGUUUUGAUGACCCCAGCAGAAAUGGCGAAAACGCCCUUGGCCGGUUCAGUCUUCAAGGUUACGGGGCUAGGAGUCCGUGGUAGCAAAGCUAACGUGUAUUCUGGUUAAGCGUCUCAAAGUACAAUUUGUAUUGAGAACGAUAUUUCUCAUAUUGUGGAAAUCCAAAUAUCUCCCUUUCGAGUACAAAUACGUACAAUUUUCUGAUCAAGAAUUUUGAAACCAUUUCUCACAGUCAUACAAUGUUUAGGUAUUAAGGUUUUUCUCAGAAGGAGAGUUUGUUGCUCUGUGAUGAAUGUCCAACUAUUUGAAUUUUUCCAAAUCAUUAAAAGAAGUUAUACGUAAUUCUGAGGUGCUUCGUUAUAGGACCAAAGCACACUUUUUGCAUGAGAUCAAACUGUGCCAAACUGUAUGUUAGAAACCAUGUGUUCUGAUUCUAAACGUGUUUAGAAUGCAAGGCGAUUAUCACUGCGUGGUAGGUAUUCUGGGGGAAUGUGUGUCUGCAUAA